AAAGGUCUUGAUUGAAAGGUGUUUGAUUCUUACAUUAGAUCCUAAUUCUUGAAUACUCUUUCUUGGUCACCCUUACUCUAUUCUGCCUUCUUCCUUUUGCCCUUUAAGAUGGGGUUUUGACCCAAGGCCACAAAAAUGAAGUAAACAUUAAUAACAAAGAAAGACCCCACUAAUCCCCUUUGUCUUCUUUGUAUUAAAAGAGUUUAAAUUGAAAAAUCUCAACACAUCAAUCUUACAACUACUUAAGUACUUAAACACCCAAAAAGAAGAAAUACUUAAAAUUUCUUACAAGAAAAAAUCAACUCCAAAAUUUAAUAAGAAAGAAACUAUACAUUAAAGAAGUUGUUGAAGCACCCAUGGUCCAGCUGUUUAUCUAAGAGAUAGAAAGAGAAGCUUUCACGUUUUGUAGCUCUAAGUAGCAAAGAACUCAUUUCUUUCUUUCUUUUAUGAAGUGUUAUGGUUCUUUCUUUCUUUGUUUUACAUUUUGUAGAGAUUAAAAAACGACAAUACCAACAACGGAAGGGCCGUGGGAUUUUGUUUUGACUAUUGAUUCUUUUUCAAUUUGGUGAUUCUCGAUCUGGGAUUUUCAAGAAACACCUCUUUCUCAUUUCUCUAAUUUUUUUUUUUUUUUUUUGUCUUUCUCUAUGAAUCUCUUCUGCUAAGAGAUGGAACAACGACAACGCCAAUCAUCACAUGCUCCAAGGGGGUUUAGAGUUCAAGCUCCACUAGUUGAUUCUGUAUCAUGUUAUUGCAAAGUAGAUUCCGGAUUAAAAACAGUCGCCGAGGCAAGGAAAUUUGUCCCUGGAUCAAAACUUUGCAUCCAGCCUGACAUCAAUCCUAAUGCACACAAGAGUAAAAACUUGCGGAGAGAGAGGACCAGAGUGCAGCCACCCCUCCUACCCGGCCUUCCAGAUGAUCUUGCUAUUGCAUGUCUCAUUCGAGUUCCCCGAGCUGAACAUCGAAAACUCCGCUUGGUUUGUAAACGAUGGUACCGGCUCUUGGCUGGAAAUUUUUUCUAUUCUCUUAGGAAAAGUCUUGGAAUGGCAGAGGAGUGGGUUUAUGUCAUCAAGCGAGACCGCGAUGGAAAGAUCUCAUGGAAUGCUUUUGAUCCUAUCUAUCAGCUCUGGCAGCCACUUCCACCAGUUCCCCGGGAAUAUUCUGAGGCCCUUGGUUUUGGCUGUGCUGUUUUAAGUGGAUGCCACCUAUAUUUAUUUGGCGGGAAGGAUCCACUCAGGGGGUCCAUGAGACGGGUCAUUUUCUAUAGCGCCCGGACAAAUAAAUGGCAUAGGGCACCAGACAUGCUUCGAAAACGUCAUUUCUUUGGUUCUUGUGUUAUAAAUAAUUGCCUAUAUGUUGCUGGUGGAGAGUGUGAAGGAAUUCAAAGGACUCUUCGGUCAGCUGAAGUUUAUGAUCCUAACAAGAAUAGGUGGAGCUUUAUUUCAGAUAUGAGCACAGCUAUGGUCCCUUUUAUUGGUGUAGUUUAUGAUGGCAAGUGGUUUCUGAAAGGUCUUGGGUCCCACCGUGAGGUCUUGAGUGAAGCCUAUGAUCCUGAAACUAAUAGUUGGACACCAAUCAGUGACGGGAUGGUUGGUGGUUGGCGCAAUCCUAGCAUCUCUUUAAAUGGGCAGCUCUAUGCUUUGGAUUGCCGGGAUGGCUGCAAACUCAGGGUUUAUGAUGGGGCCACAGAUUCUUGGAACAAGUUUAUAGAUAGUAAGCUGCAUCUUGGGAACUCUCAUGCUUUGGAGGCUGCUGCUCUGGUUCCCCUGAAUGGGAAGCUGUGCAUCGUGCGCAACAACAUGAGCAUCAGUCUGGUUGAUGUUUCCAGUCCUGAAAAACACGUAGAGACUAACCCUCACCUUUGGGAGAAUAUAGCUGGGAGGGGUCAUUUCAGGACACUCGUCACAAAUUUAUGGUCAAGUAUUGCUGGCCGAGGUGGUCUGAAAAGUCACAUUGUCCAUUGCCAGGUGCUUCAAGCAUGAGAACCAGAAUCAUUUUGCUUUUGCUGCUUAUAGAAAUUACUGCCUUCUUGUUGAUUCGUCAUGAUAGAUCACGGUUCUUCGAAGGCAGUGUCUUCCCAAACCAAAGGCUACAUCUACUCUGCUAAUGUUCUUCUGUUUAUAUUUUUUGCUGGUAUCGAGUCAACGGUAGUCUGCUUUGGGACUGGGGAUUCAUGGACACGUAACAUAUUGUGAAAUUUGAAGAAUUGGAAUGAUGAUUUGCUUGUGAAUGCAUUUAAAAGUUCAAGGAAGAUGUAUGGAGGGUAUCUUUGGUGAUGUUUGCAUUGCAACAGGAAGCAGUGAUACCAUUCCUGUUAUGCUGGCAACUACUAGGUGAGGAAAACUCGGAGUGAUUUUUUGGGUAAUAGAUAAGGUAAUUUCGUCACAUCUAUGAACAGAGAGCAGAUGCUUGUAAAUCUUGUUAUUUGGCAUAGGGGCCAUGUCUCUUUUGUUGUGGGAUCUUUUUCUUGGUAGUAUGUAAUCUUUGAUAUGCUUUGCAUAUGUAAAUGGGGUUAUUUUAAAAUGAGUCAAUGUAUACUUAGAUUACAUCUCAAUUCAGAUCUUUUAUUCAGACCA